AUGGCGCCCACUCCUCCCCGUCUAAGAAUUCUAUCAGUCGGUGGGAAUGCUGUUUCGGCUUUCUUGUCCUGGAGGCUUCAAGCCACCAACGCUUGCGAUGUGACAUUGGUGUGGAAAUCUGGGUUUGACGCCGUCUACCAAUACGGGAUAUCAUUCAAAUCUACUUCUUUUGGCAACGAACGAUUCAAGCCACGGCAUGUUGUCCGCACUCCCGAAGAAGCCGCCAGUAAUAAAGAUGGUCCUUUCGACUACGUUUUGCUUUGCGUAAAAGCCCUACCAGAUGUAUACGAUCUCGCUGCGGUCAUUGAAUCGGUCGUCACACCACAACAUACAUGCAUAUUAGUCAAUACGACACAUACGCUGGGCGUCGAGGCUCAUCUCGAAGCGAGGUUUCCAAGUAAUGUUGUAUUAUCACUUGUCUCCGGAGCUGAGAUAGUGCAAUUGGGAGCGAGCGAAUUUGAGCAUAAAGGUUCCACCGAGAUAUGGGUUGGACCAGCGACAAAGAACCCUUCGAUGCCUAGCACUAUACAAGGAGAUAUGGCUGAGGCGUUGGCGAUGACUUUGAGCGGUGGACAAGUAGACUGUCAUGUUUCCUCGAACAUAAUGCAACAACAGUAUGAGAGGAUGAUUGGACCUAUAGCUUUUCAUCCACUGAGCGUAAUAUUCGAGACGCCAUCCCACGCUGCGUUACUUGAGAAAGUUGGCGUGAGGUCAAUGAUUUCAGAGUUAUUUGACGAAUUGGUCAAUCUUGCCCAAGCACAAGAUUGUUCAUUUCCCCCUAACUUUAAAGAAAAGAUUAUGGAGGAUAUGACAAAACCUUCCGAGGCUAACAGCAUCAUGUACCAAGACUAUGCUGCUAAGCGGCCCAUGGAGGUUGAGACGUAUCUUGGAUCUCCUAUAAAACUUGCCCAGCUUGUUGGAGUCAAAGUCCCUCGCAUAGAAACUCUCUACCCAAUCCUCCACAAUCUCAACAUUGUCAACCAACAAAGGAAAGAUACCGGCCUCGCCCCCCAGCCUUCUCCUCUAGCUCCACCCAUGAGAAUGUCAUCUGCACCCCCUCCUAGACCUAUGAUGAAUGGAGGUCCACCGGGAAGCGCUGGUAGAGGUAGAGGACGUGCACCAUCUAUGGGCCCUCCACCGGGUAUGCGACGCGGACCAGGCGGACCGCCAAACGGUUUCGGCCGACCUCCAAAUGGAUUCCCCCAAUCGCGAAAUCAGUCGAGGCGAGGUUCUCUAGAAGGUAAUGAUCUCGAAGAGUUUAGUCACUUGGUCUUGUACGAUGAUAUUCCCGAAGGUGGAGAGUCACCUUAUCCUGCUGAAGCUGGCGGUGGUGAAAUUGCUCUAAGAGAACGCGAAUUAAUGCUUAGACAACGGGAGCUUGCUCUUCGGGAGCAGGAGAUGCGCAUGCGUCAGGGCGGAGGUGGAGGUGGAGCCCCACCUAGAUCCCGUCGAGGCCCAUCCACACCCUCGGUGCGAAAUGGCGGAUUCGACGACGACGACGAUGAUGAUUUCUACGUUGACCCUGCAGAUGCCCCUCCGGUCCCUCUCAUUGAUCCUGACAAUUUUGACAUGAUGAGCGUUACAUCACGACGAAAUCGCGCGAAACCUGGGCCGAGUAAACAACAAAUCCGUGCUAAUCCUGAAUACGAUAAUGGUCCUCCUCCCCGUCGAGGCGGUGGAUUUUUGCGUGGUAACCUUCCUCGAAAUCGUUCCAGCGCGAGAAUAAUAAGCCAAGUGCCCGGCUUACACGACAACAUAAUGGAUGAUCCCUUAAUGGCAUAUUCAUCCGACCGAUAUGGUACUGUAGAUCGACGAGCAAUGGGCAUGGAUUCCAGAGCAAGUUCUUUGACAGCUGCUCGACUGGACGAGUUACAGUAUGGAUCAUCUGGUCCACCUAUCCAUGGGCAAGGUGGUCCAUAUCCAACGGCAAGGCGAGCAAGUCAAUCACCGGGAAAUCCAUAUAGUCCGCAAGCACAGAGAGCAAAUGGCAGACCUUCGCCGCCGAACGGGCAUAUGGGAGGGCCAAUGAAUGGUAGACCAUCCCCUCCAGGGGCUAUGAGGCAGCCUGCACCUCGGCACCCACCGGGUCAGGGAAAUAUGGUUGCGCCGCAACAGGUUGAGCAAUAUGCUGGGGUGAGCGCCCUCCAUCCACCAAAAGGCCCUAUGAACGUACGAAGUCUGACCGGAAGUGCUAGCGCUAGCGCAGGUAGUGGUGACAGCGGCGCAAGCGCCAUCCUCGACUCCGAACCAUCUGCAAACAGCAGUCAAAGUAGCCUCGGGCCACGUCCGCCCAUGGAGGUGAGGUAA